AUGGCAUACCCAACAUUUCAAACAUAUAGUACCACUCAAAAUUUGGAAACAUACAGCAUCUAUUGGUUAGAUGCUGUAGUAAAUAAUGAAGGAAAUAUGAUCACUCAAAAAAAGUUACGCGGUAUCAUUAAUCAACUACUAACGUUUGUCGAUACUGAAGAAUUUUUAGAACGUGUUCGUUUGAUUGAAAAAGGCGAUCUCACUAUUCUGAUUGUAAGCGGUCAAUUAGGUCGUAUUGUAGUUCCUGAAAUGCAGAAUUUAGAGCAAGUAUGUUCCAUCUACAUUUAUUGCGGCAAUAAAAAGGCACACUUAGGUUGGAGUCAACCAUACAGCAAGGUGAAAGCUGUUUGCGAUGAUCCCGAUGAAUUAAUCAAUACAAUUCGAAUCGAUCAGAAACGUCGAUGUCGAAUUGAAGAACCAAUCGCCAUGGAUAUUUUGGACCGUACUUCAACGGACCUAAAUGGUGAAUUCCUUCAUUACAGACUGUUGAUCGAUGCUUUAAUUAGAAUGAAGCCGAACGAACAAGACCAGAAGGAAUUAAUCGAAUUAUUGGGAAAAGAAUACGAAGGCAAUGAAUAUGAACUAAAAUUGGUAAACGAAUUUGGGAAAGGAUACGAAUCAAGUCGUGCUAUAUGGUGGUAUACACGUGAAUCGUUUGUAUAUCGUCUAUUGAAUAAGGCGUUGCGUAUUCGUAACAUUGAGGUGAUAUUUUUAAUGCGGAAUAUUAUUGGUGAUAUUUAUAAGAAGUUGCUUGCAAAUCAAUGUAGCAAGCGUGUGACUGUGUAUCGUGGUCAAAUAAUGUCGAGUGAUGAAAUAAAACAAUUUCAAAAAUCAGUUGGAAGUAUCAUUUCAUUAAAUUCAUUUCUAUCGACAUCUUCGAAACGUGAAGUAGCUCAAGAAUUUGCAGUACAAAGUAUGGAAUCAUGUAGUUCGAGUAGUGGUAGUGUAGGCGUGAUAUUUAAAAUUGAGGCUGAUCCUAGUGUGACAUGUGAUUCCAAGGGUGAUAAUCGACGACCAUUUGCACAAAUUGGUGGAUUAAGUUAUUAUGGUGGUAGUGAAGCAGAGAUAUUGUUUAUGGUUGGUUCAAUAUUUCGUUUGGAAGAUAUAAGUGAAGAUAAAUCAGUAGGUGAUAUGAAAAUAUGGAUGAUUCGGAUUACAUUAUGUAGUGAUAAUGAGAAUCAUCUGAGAGAACUCUAUGAUCACAUGAAGAGCCAAGAAAACGGUAGAGAAGAAACGAAUCUUAAGUCUCUUGGUUUGAUGAUGUGGAAGAUGGGAAAAUUUGAUCUUGCUGAAAAGUAUUUACUUCGCCAUCUGAGGGAACUUCCACCGAAUGAUCCUUCACUUGGUGCAGUGUAUCAGUGUCUCGGUCUAGUUGCUGACUCAAAAGGUGAUUAUGACAGAAGUCUCGAAUGGUAUAAGAAAUCACUCGAAAUAACGACGAGAACUAGCCCAUCCGAUUAUAUCAAUAUUGGGAACACACACAACAGCGUCGGUGAGGUUCAUCGAAAGAAAGGUGAUUAUGUUCAAGCACUUAAAUCGUUCAAUCAAGCUGUCUCAUUGUUCAAAGAAGCCGACGAUGAGAAUCAUCCGAGAAUGGCCUCGUUCUACGGCAAUAUUGGAAACAUCAACGCUGAAGAGAAGAAGUAUUCAGAAGCUCUUAACUUCUAUGAAAAGACACUUGCCAUUCAGAAGAAACAUUUACCAGACGGUCAUGCUGAUCUAGGUUCAUUAUACAAUAAUAUUGGUCUGGUUCAUUAUUAUCUAGACCAUGAUGAUGUUGCAUUGGAGUAUUUCGAACAAUCACGUACAAUCAGCUUGAAAGCACUUCCUUCUCAACAUCCUGAUGUUGCAGAUACCUAUCAUAACAUGGGUCUUGUUUAUGAGCGUAAAGGUGAAUUAGAGCAAGCAUUAAAAUUAUUCAAGAAGUCUCAGACGAUCUAUGAAGUGGCGUUGCCAGUUCAUCAUUCUAAAUUAUUAGAUAUUAGAAAUAUUGCAAAACGUGUACAAAAUAAAAUAAAAUCGAAAUAA